AUGUUUUGGGUGGUUGGAUCCUUAGUUUCCGUUACAGUUGUUAAUGUGUUAAUGAUUUGUGUCGGUAGGGCAUUUAAAGGAGUUUCCGUUGGAAUAUUUGCUGCUCAUUUACCAGUUUAUGUUUCCGACGUCAUCCCAGCUCAUAAAAAAGAAGCAAUAUUAUCAGCAGUUCAGUGGUGCUUGACUUGGGGAAUCUGUGUUAUGUUCUUAUUGGGAUUUGCAUGUUUAAAAUUAGGAGGAACAAUAUCAUUCCGAGUGGCUUGGGCAAUCGAGGCAAUUCCGGGUUUAUUGGUUCUAUUUUGUGCUGGAUGGUUACCAGAAUCUCCAAAAUGGCUAAUCACUCGAAAAAGAUGGAAAGAGGCUCACAAUAUAUUGAAUAAUCUUCAACACAGAGAGCCAAUUACCAGAGAAGGCAUGCAUUCCAAUGAAGACACUAAUGAAAUUGGUGGUGAUGUUGAAAAAGCUAUCGAUGCUUAUCAGGCAGCCUUCAAAGAUGGCAAGAAUUGUGACUUUAGUGAACUAUUCAAAGCCCCAUUGCUAAAUCAUACUUUAACAGGAUUAUUUGUUCAAGUGAUGGUUCAGUUGACAGCCAUCAAUGUGUUGAUGUACUUCUUGGUGUACAUCUGUGAAAUGAUUGGUCUUCAAGGAAAUAGGAAAAUCGUCGCCACAUCAUUACAAUAUGUCAUUAAUAUUAUCUUUACGAUUUUCCCCAUGGUACUUUUGAGUAAAUUGAGAAGAAAAGAUGUAAUUGUUUUUGGAAUUUCUACUCUUGGAUUAUGCUUGGUUAGCAUUUCAAGUGUGAUGGGAUGGUUUGGUCACAAAAUUACACCAAUGAACGGAAAUACUUCAAUCCAGUGGGAAAUUCAAGGAGCUCCAGGCUCGGUAGUUUUAGCCCUAUGCUACUUAUUUGUUGCAAUAUUCGCUUCUACAGUUGCAUGUGCUUCGUGGAUAUAUACUGAAGAGAUUUUUCCUAGAAGGGCAAAACCUAAAGGAUCUGCAAUUUGCAUUUCCACUUCAUGGUUUGUUAGUACUUUGUUAACGUUUGUUGGACCAUUAUUUUUGCAAUAUUUUAAAUGGGCAACGUUCAUGAUUUUUGGAGUCAUUUGCAUCAUUAGUUCUGUAAUAAUGAUCAUGAUUUUUCCAGAAACUUAUAAAAAGACAGACAUCGAAAUCGAAAACCUAUAUAUUCCUCAUUCCACCAUUGAUGGAAGAUUUGUUGUCGGGGGCGAUGAUGAGGAAGAAGAAGAAGAAGAAGAAGAAGGAGAAGAGGGGGAGGAGGAACAAGAGAAAGAGGGAAAAAAUAAUCCCGGAAUGAGAAAUGAAAUCUUUAGUAGUGGGAAAACUCAAGGAAGAAGUUACACAUUGCUAUCAAAAGGUUUGAUGUUCGGUGGCACUUCUGGAAAUAGCGAGCUUUGUCAAGUUUCCCCAUUUCUCAGGAAAUCAGGAAGUGGCUCGAUAUUUGGGGGACCCAUUAAUAUUGUGGACUCUUUGAGCUCUCAGAUUUCGCCAUUUGAUGCCAUUGAGGACUGCAACAGCCCAUUCAAAACCAAUGUUUCUGGGAGAAUCUAUUAA